GGCCACAAUUGUGUACUGCAACCACUAACAAUCACUAAAAACCACUAACAUCCACUAACACCAUCACUAAACCCACUAACUAACUCCCCAUCACCAAAUCCACCGAAUCAUAACACCCGUAUCUCAAACCCCAGCCCACUCCUAGCCCGCAACCUCCCAAGGCACGACCAAUGUCUGAUUCGAGAAAGGAAACAGCAGCCAGUACAAUUACACAAUCCCGCACCUCUGACGCACUUAUUUAUUCCUCUCGACAAAUCCUCAACUUCCCUCAAACCCACGCCAGCGCGCCCCCCAAUUGCCGCCAUUCCCCAUACGAUACACACUAUAAUCCCCGCCGAUUCGUCGACUGGGAAAAAAGAGCAACAUCCCGAUUGCGGGAACACGAGAUUCGAAGCCUAGAUCCUCUCUUUCCUCCCCCAAUACCGCGAAACUGGCGACAGGAGGGAUAGUCCCUCCUCUAUCAGCGCGCACCAACACCGAGAAACAAACACAGAGCAGCGAAAACAAGAACAGGAACGAGAAGAACGGACAGAGCAGCAAGGAGGGCCAAUCUGAUGCGUACGAGCUUACCGACUUCAAUCAUCCCCCAAAACACACCACCGCCGACGACGACUUCGAGGCCCGAGAGGCGAGACGGCUUGCUAAGAGGGUUGAGAAGCUCGCGAGGCGAGAGGAGGAGUUCGAGAUGAAGUUCUCGCAUAGUAUACAGUUCAAUGCGGUGCCGGAUUGGAGUAGCCAUUACAUCGCAUACAGCAAUCUCAAGAAAUUAAUAUACCAGCUCGAGAAAAACCAAAACCAACAAAAUGCCCAAGCCACCGACGCCGAGGCCUCUCCCCUCCUCGCCGGCAACGUCGACCCCGACCAGAUCUUCACGCGCGCCCUAGACGUCGAGCUCGAGAAGAUCAGCAGCUUCUACCAGAUCAAAGAGCUCGAGAUCUUCAGCGAGAUUUCCGAGCUGCUCUCCCAGCAGGAGGAAUACGAUGCCGAGAUGCAGGAGAACGGCAUGGAGGGUUCAUCCGACGUGCAUGACGGACACGCGAGACGGCUUAGCAGCUUCUACAGGGGGAAUACGGUGAGGAAUCCCAGGCCGUUGAGUGCGGCGACUAGGUCGAUGACGGAUGAUGUCGAUGAUAGCGAUGAGGAUGAUGAUGAGGAGACGGCGCUGCAUAGAAAGAAGCCGGAGGUUAGGAGGUCGAUGACGGCGCCGUCUGAUGUGGACGGGUCGCAUGGGGCAGAGGAUAUGUGGAAUUCCACCGCGGAAUUGAACCGGCGCAGCAGCGUCGCCGCAUACGACGACUACGCCAACGAGGCAUUCACGCUGUACUACUCGUCCGGCAUCUCGCUGAAGAAGAACACCGUCAGCCUGUACGUCCAACUAUGCGAGCUCAAAUCCUUCAUCCAGCUCAACCAAACCGGCUUCCGCAAAGUCCUCAAGAAAUACGACAAAAUCCUCGACCGCAACCUCCGCGAGAAAUACAUGUCCCAAACCGUCGCCCCCUCCUACGUCUUCCGCCCCUCAACCAUCAAGCACGUCGAAGAGAACAUCGGCCGCAUGGAAACCAUCUACGCCGACGUCGUCACAGCGGGCGACCUCACCCUCGCCAAAAAAGAACUCCGUCUCCACCUCCGCGAACACGUCGUCUGGGAACGCAACACAGUCUGGCGCGAAAUGAUCGGCAUAGAACGCAAAGCCCAAGCCGCAAACAUGGGAAUCCGCCGCACCCUCCUCGGCGCGGACCCUGACCCGAGCCACGCGCGCCUCCAGGGCGACGACGAGGGACUCGCGGAUCUAAAGGGCAUCAACACCCCCGUGGGACGCAUGUACUACCCCGCCUGGCUCUUCAGCAGCACAAUGCUCGUCCUCCUCCUCAUCAUCGGCAUCUUCAUCCUCCUCCUCAUCGUCCCAAUCAUGGCCAACCCAGAGCAACAAAACUGCCUCGCAAUGCUCGUCUUCGUCUCCCUCCUCUGGGCCACAGAAGUAAUCCCCCUAUUCGUCACAUCCCUCCUCAUCCCCUUCCUUUGCGUCACCCUCCGCGUCGUCCGCUCCGACGACGCUCCCCACCACCGUCUCGGCGCCAAACCAGCCGCGGCCUAUAUCUUCGCCGCUAUGUGGACACCAGUCAUCAUGCUCCUCCUCGGCGGCUUCACCAUCGCCGCCGCGUUGUCAAAAUACGAUAUCGCGAAACGCAUCGCUACCCUCGUGCUCUCCAAGGCUGGGACGCGCCCGCGCACAGUGCUGGUGACGAAUAUGUUCGUCGCCGCCUUCGCAAGCAUGUGGAUCUCCAACGUCGCCGCCCCAGUCCUGUGCUUCUCCAUCAUCCAGCCCAUGCUGCGUAACCUUCCCUCCGACUCCAACAUGUCCAAAGCGCUCAUCCUGGGUAUCGCCUUAGCCUCAAACGUAGGCGGCAUGCUCUCCCCCAUCGCCUCCCCGCAAAACAUCAUCGCACUCGCCAUCAUGUCCCCGCAGCCCUCGUGGGCGAUAUGGUUCUUCAUCGCCAUCCCCGUCGGCGUAAUCUCCCUCCUACUCAUCUGGGUCCUCCUCCUCGCGAGUUUCAAGCCGGGGAAGGGCACGACUAUCGUAGCUGUUAGGCCGGUUAAGGACCCGUUCUCGGGGAUUCAGUGGUUUAUUUCGCUGGUUACGUUGGCGACUAUUAUUUUGUGGUGUGUGAGUCAUCAGUUGGAGCAUGUGUUGGGGGAUAUGGGCGUUGUUGCCAUCAUCCCCCUCGUCCUCUUCUUCGGCACCGGCAUCCUCACAAAGGAAGACUUUAACAACUUCCUAUGGACCAUCAUCAUCCUCGCCGCCGGGGGUCUUGCCCUGGGUAAAGCGGUGAAUUCAUCAGGUCUCCUGCAUACCAUCGCUGCAUCCAUCACCGACGCCGUCGAAGGACUGAGCCUGUACUCUGUCCUCGUGGUAUUCGCGACUCUGAUCCUGGUGGUGGCGACGUUUAUCAGUCACACGGUCGCGGCGCUGAUUAUCCUGCCCCUUGUGCAUAGCGUGGGGAUCGGGAUGGAGAAUCCGCAUCCGAAUUUGCUGGUUAUGGGGGGGGCGUUGAUGUGUAGUGCUGCUAUGGGGUUGCCGACUAGUGGGUUUCCUAAUAUGACUGCCAUCAUGAUGGAAGACUCCCAAACAGGCCAACGCUACCUACAAGUAAAACACUUCAUCAGCCGCGGUGUCCCAUCGUCUAUCCUUACUCUGCUCGUCGUCAUUACUGUCGGGUACGGGGCUAUGCUCAUCUCGAAUAUUUGAGUCUCUUUUACAUAUAUAUUAGUAUUUGUACUAUUGUGCCGACGUAGCAUACCUUACUUUGCUCCUUUUUUUUCCUUUUUUUUGUUGGAACGCGGAGGAGCUGCAGGAGUGGAAAGUGUGUGUGAGCGGCAUUUUGUGUUUUUUUUUUGGAGGCGUUAGGGGGGUUGUGUGGAUAGACCGGGGAGUAGAUAUAGAGUAAUGCAUACAAGUGUA